AUGUUGGCCAUGAAGAUUUCAAUUAGCUUGCAACUUUUAGGCUUGACGUUGUUGUGUGUUGGCAUCUUACAUUGCCAAGCUUGGCGUCGUUACACUUUUGUGGUGGAAGAAACUCCAUACAGAAGACUGUGUAGCACAAAGAACAUACUGACUGUAAACGGCCAGUUUCCUGGACCAACACUGUAUGCUCGCAUGGGAGAUACUAUCAUCGUCGAUGUCUAUAACAAGGGCAAUCGUAACAUUACCAUCCACUGGCAUGGAGUUAAGCAACUAAGGAAUCCAUGGUCGGACGGUCCUGCUUAUAUCACGCAGUGCCCAAUCCAACCAGGAGGCAGCUUUACCCAAACUAUCAGGUUUUCCUCUGAAGAAGGCACCUUAUGGUGGCAUGCUCACAGUGACUGGGAUCGAGCCACCGUCCACGGCGCUAUAGUCAUCUACCCCAACGAAGGAGCCACUUACCCUUUCCCCAAGCCUCAUGCAGAACUUCCAAUCAUCUUAGGGGAGUGGUGGAAGAAAGAUAUAGGACAGCUUUAUAAUGAAACUAUUCAAAAUGGAGGGGAACCUAACAUUUCCAGUGCUUUCCUCAUCAAUGGUCAACCUGGCGAUCUUUAUCCUUGCUCAAAACCAGACACAUUCAAGCUGAUGGUUGAUUACGGGAAGACCUACCUGCUAAGGCUAAUCAAUUCAGCUAUGCAAGAGAUUCUGUUUUUCUCGAUUGCCAAUCACAAGGUCACGGUUGUGGGCUCAGAUGCUAGCUACACCAAGCCAUUUUCAUCAGAUUAUGUCACAAUAUCACCCGGCCAAACCAUUGACCUCUUGUUCACUGCUGACCAGAGCCCCAACCACUAUUACAUUGCUGCUAAAGCCUACGUUGGUGGAGCUGUUCCUUAUGACAACACGACCACCACCGCCAUACUACAAUACAAUGGAAAUUAUACCUCAACUUCAACCCCUUCCUUGCCUAAUCUUCCUUCUCAUAACGACACCAAAGCAUCGGUUCAUUUUACUGGUAGUCUCAGAAGUCUAGCUGAUAAAAACCACCCCAUUGAUGUGCCGCGCAAGAUAACAACUCCAUUGUUUUACACACUUUCUAUCAACACACUACCAUGCCUACAUAAUUCAUGUGCAGGGCCUAAUGGGACGCGUCUGGCUGCUAGCGUCAACAACAUUAGCUUUGUCAACCCCAGCAUUGACAUAUUGCAGGCUUACUAUUACCAUGUCAAUGGGGUAUUUGGAACUCGAUUUCCGAAUUUCCCGCCCUUGUUGUUUAAUUUUACGGCUCAGGACUUGCCAUUGUACUUACAGACCCCGAAACAGGGGACGGAAGUGAAGAUACUGAAGUACAACGCGACCGUGGAGAUUGUGUUUCAGGGGACAAAUUUGGUUGCAGGGGAUGACCACCCAAUGCAUCUCCAUGGAUUCAGUUUCUAUGUUGUUGGAUGGGGACUUGGGAAUUUUGACGAGGAUAAGGACCCUUUGACAUAUAAUCUUGUUGACCCUCCUCUUCUAAACACCAUCGCUGUCCCUGUAAAUGGCUGGACUACCAUUAGAUUCAAGGCAAACAAUCCUGGAGUUUGGUUUAUGCACUGCCAUCUGGAUCGGCAUAUGACAUGGGGCAUGGACGUGACGUUCAUUGUGAAAAAUGGAAAGGGUCCAGGAGCCCAAAUUUUACCUCCGCCACCAGGAAUGCCUCCAUGCUAA